AUGGUUUGGCACAACAGGCUGUACUUUUAUUCUGCAGCGGCUGUUGUCUUUUGCAUAUGGUUUACUCUGAAGAUGGAAUUAAAAAGGUUUUGCACCAACAGGCCGGUCUGUGUGUUCCUUUUGGCUGCCCACACUGACGGACAGCCCACAGAGAGUGCUGAUUGGUUCUGUAAGUGGCUUGACUUCAGAUAUUGGAAGACCUACCUGAAAGGCCUGAGAUACGCUGUGUUUGGCCUGGCUGGAGGCAACGUGGGCCGGAAUACUAAAUGCACCCCAUCCUUCUCCAUGGAGGGCCUUGGAAAAGCAGAAGUCACAAACCUGAGCCCGGUUAGUCUCCGAGGCCGGCCGUCCAUCACGGCCUACCAGAGGAGCCAAGGCGGUGGGCAGAUGGUGCGGCGAUCCAAGUCAAAUGGAGUGAUGAGCAAGGAUGAGGAAGAGGAGGAGCGGAGGGAAAUGACCACGCCAGCUCUCAGAGGACCUCCGACCAAGCAAGGGUACAAACUGAUGGGCUGCAUCUUGCAUCUUGAGCUAUGUAGCCGAAACAAACACACUUUGCACACCUUCAAUGGCAUCGAGUCUGUCCGCUGCAUGGAGCCAAGCCUGGCCCGCGCCAACAAGUGUGUCUUCUGCUGGAGACACCACACUAACCCGAUGUGUCCCGAGUGGCGCUGGAAGAUGGACCCAGCGGAGGAGAUUCUCCAGGUGGCACUGGGCCAUCCCCAGAGCAGGAUACGCCACUUCAGAGGAGUUCCAGGGGCGAGCCCGAGCAAUACGAGGAAGGCCUGGCGGGCCGAGCACUGCGCCCUCUCCCUGGUGGUCGAGCCAAUCAUGUACUCCGAAAUCAACUCCUUCCUUGCCAUCUCCAGCUUCCCUGUCACCCACGCAUAGUUCCCCAAGAAGAUCAGGAGUCUGGUUCCGGUGGUCCAGCUGUGUGUGUGCAAGGACACCAUCAUACAGGACAGCCUGAAGAAGAUGGACUGACCCCUGUACAGGGACUUCUGGCCACGCUUCCUAGACAGCCUCAAAGGCCCUUGGGGAGAAAGGCAGAGGACGGUGUACAGACUAACCCUGGUGAAGGCCUGGACCUUGGAGGAACUCACCGCCUGCUCUGAACCCAUGGCCUCGGGCCAGCCAGACUUCAGGGAGUCCAGGGGUGUAAAGUACUGCGGCGAGAGCCGGGCCAGCAGCCUGACCACGGCCACCGUCCCCUGGCACCAGGAGGUGGUCUCCUUCCCCGCCUACGUUCCGGGCCCAGGGGGGUGGUGGAUAUGGAUCGACUACGACCGCUGCCAGGUGCUGGUCCGGGUCUACGAGGAGAGCGGGGGGGGGGGGGGCUUGGAGGGUGUUCUCUCCGCCCUGGACUACAUGGCCAGAGCCCCAGGCUACUGA